AUUCAGUUAUAUUUUUGCAUGUGUAUAAAUAUUAAAAUGCAAAACUAAAAUAGUAGGUUAUUCACGAAUUAUAUUGAGCCCAAAACAACAGCCCCCCUGCUCUCCCAUCAUCUCCGCCGGUCCAACUUCUCCGAUCUCCUACCUCCCAUCAUCGCUCGCACCAACUGAGGCCGCCGCCGGCGGCGCGGCUCCGCGGCAGUGCGGCACCGUCCCACCGAGGAGGCCGGAGCGCUGAGCAGCGAACAAACGGAACACGAGCAGCCGCGAACAGACAUACGGUUGAACGAUGGCAACUCUGAAAGAUGCAGUAGUAAGGAAGCCUGUACUGGCAACACUCCGUCUUACCGUCCCAGCUGGUGCAGCCCGUCCUGGACAAUCACUUAGUCCAGUACUUGGUUCCUAUCGGCUCAAUAUGAUGGCUUUCUGCAAUGAUUUCAAUGCUAGGACCCAGAAAUACAAGCCAGACACUCCAAUGCACGUCACCAUAACCGCCUACAAGGAUCACACCUUCGAGUUUGUGGUCAAGUCACCCCCAGUAUCAUGGUUCCUCAAGAAGGCGGCAGGAAUAGAAACCGCUAGCGGUAUACCUGGCCACAGAAAUGUGUCCUCCCUCACUAUCCGCCACGUGUAUGAGAUCGCAAAGUUGAAGCAGGCUGACCCUUUCUGCAAGCACAUGUCGCUUGAAGCGCUGUGCAAGUGCAUCAUUGGCACAGCCAACUCCAUGGGUAUUGCGAUCGUUAAAGAUCUAUGAGCAGUGUGAACAGCCUUUUAGUCAUGAAUUUUGUGACAUUUGUCAUCCUAGUUUUUAGUUUGUGCUGGAGAGGUUACAACUCUUCUGUCUCACUGAGCUUCCUGCCAGUGUCAUGUCCUUCUAGGAGUAUGAAACUCUAUUGUGCAAUUCCCGGCAUAUAGCCUUCAGCUCAACCAUUUUCUCUUAUUUUGUUCCUUUUGUUACUUAACUGAGAUAUAUGUGGUUUUACGACGAUGUUUAAAAUAAUACAUUGCU